GAGUCUUCUCCAAUAAAUCUCUUUAUUACCGCCGCCUCUUCUCUCUCAUCUCGAGGGAGAGGAGGUGAGAGAGAGAGAGAGAGAGAGAGAAUUCCACGAGUAGACGAAGUAGGGAGGAUCGAUCGGCGAUGCCGGUGUUCAAGACGCCCUUCAGCGGCUACGCGGUGCGGUUCAGCCCCUUUUAUGAGGGCCGCCUUCUCGUCGCCACUUCCCAAAACUUCGGCAUCCUCGGCAACGGCCGCCUCCAUGUCCUUGACCUGCUUCCCUCUCCCGGCGCCCCCGGUAUCUCCGAGGUGGCCGCCUUCGACACCGCCGACGGCGUCUACGACUGCUGCUGGUCCGAGUCGCAUGACUCCCUUGCCGUCUCCGCCGUGGCCGACGGCUCCCUCAAGCUGUGGGAUGCCUCCCUGCCGCCCUCCGCCAACCCGGUGCGCUCGUUCCGCGAGCACUCCCGCGAGGCCCACUCCGUGGACUGGAAUCCCGUUCGCCGCGACUCCUUCCUCUCCGCAUCCUGGGACGACUCCCUCAAGCUCUGGACCCUUGAUCGCCCCGCCAGCCUCCGCACCUUCCGCGAGCACUCCUACUGCGUCUACUCCGUUGCCUGGAGUCCCCGCCACGCCGAUGUGUUCGCCUCUGCCUCCGGCGAUCGCACCGUCCGCGUCUGGGACGUCCGCGAACCCGUCUCCACCCUCGUCAUCCCUGCUCACGAUCACGAGAUCCUCUCCUGCGACUGGAACAAGUACGACGAGUGCUGCCUCGCCACCGCCUCGGUGGAUAAGACCAUCCGCGUCUGGGACAUCCGCGCCACCCGGGCGCCCCUGGCUAACCUCGCCGGCCACGGCUACGCGGUCCGCCGAAUUCGCUUCUCUCCCCACAGGGAGAGCGUCCUUCUCUCUUGCUCCUAUGACAUGACCGUGUGUAUGUGGGAUUACCGGGCGGAGGACGCCCUCAUCGCGAGGUACGACCACCACACAGAGUUCGCAGUCGGGAUCGACAUGAGUGUUCUUGUCGAGGGCCUGAUUGCGAGCACUGGGUGGGACGAGGUCGUCUAUGUCUGGCAGCACGGGACUGACCCCAGAGCUUGAGAGCGGCUUCUUGAUCUCUGGUUUCUGUGAGGGGGUAGCUUGCGUUCGUGUCUGCAUUUUUACUCAUCUGCAAAGCUUCAUCAAGGAUAAUAAAGAAGAUGAACAGGAGGACAUUGCCAACCAAAACAAUAUCAGUUGGAGCGCCCAUGGUUGCUUGAAAAGAUCAUUUUGCCUUGUAACUUCAAAAAUUUCUAUCGUAGCCUCAGCCCUAGCCGUGCCUCUACUCGUGCUUGGCCACUUGGCUCGUCAACCCUUGUCCUGGUUGGCCGUGGCCCUUGCGUAGAGGCACAAGCGGCCAAGGGAAGGGAGGGGGUGGUCGGCGUUACUAGCCCAUGCGCGGAUACACAGGCGGCUAGGGGAUGGGAGGGGGGCGGUCAGUUGGGCCAGCCUGUGCAUGGAGGCGUAGGCGACGAGGGGAAGGGAGGGGGCCGGUCGGCUUUACUAGCCCGCACGCAAAGGUGCAGGCGGCCAUGGUAGGGAAGGGGGGUCGGUGGGGUUGUCAGGCGCACGACAGUCGACGAAGCGAAGGCACAACCAGGCAUGGACGGAGGCGCAGCAGAGGGCAAUGAUCAAUAGGGGCAGAACGAUUAUUUUUGAAAAAGUGGUGCCCUGCAGGAAUUUUUCAAGCUUGGGGUGCUCUCCAUGAAAAACCUAAAGUUAAAGUUAAGAGCUUUUUCCGACAA